UCUCCUCUCUCUGCAGGCCACAAACAGCCCUUCUGUUGAUGCUCUGAAACGUCUCCAUAGAGCAGCUGGAGAAGACGUCUCAGCUGCAUGUGGCAUGUCGUUCUCUGGAUCCUGGAAGAUCUUCUGCAGGGAAAACUGUGAAAGGGGAAACAUUCUGAUCCAAACCAGAGAGAACAAAGCUCAAACAGAACGAUACAGCAUUGAAUACCUUAAAGAGUUUUCAUCAGACAUUUACGUUUUCUAUGUGAAGAUCUCCAAACUAAAGCCGUCUGACUCAGGACUGUACAGAUGUGGUUUGGGCGACUCUUCAUCCGCCAUGAUCUACCAGGAGUUCAGACUCAUCAUUGCAGAAGCCUCCGGUUCAGAUUCAGCUCAUUUAACCUCCACACCAGCAGCACCACUGAGCUCCAACUACAGUCUCACACCUUCAGCUUCCACUGAAACCACUAAUCAGUCGGUUCUGGUCCGGCAGAGGCCAACAUCUGAAGAAAUGUCCACAGAGCUUCUGCUGGUUGCAGCUCUGACUCUGACCCUCUCUGGCAUCCUGCUAUCUGGGGCUUUGCUGGUUCUCUGCAGAAAAAGAUGCCACAAACAUCUGGAAGGUAUGAAUUCUAGAGGAGGACCACGCAGAAAUGAUCAGCAGGUAGCAGGGCUAGAAGAGGCUGAAUUGCACAUAAGGAGUGUCCUUGGGAUGAGCGGGAGGGGAUCGGACAUGUAG